CGGAUUUGUUUUUGCCAAUAGGUCCCUUGAAGUCCGCUACUUCACCUACGGGAUCCUCUUUGGAUGUGGCAGCUCCUUUGCUUUCCAGCCCUCUCUGGUCAUUCUUGGUCAUUACUUCAAACGUCGCCUGGGCUUGGCAAAUGGCAUCGUGGCUGGCGGCAGCUGCCUCUUCUCAAUAUCCCUUCCGUUCUUUUUGAAGACUGUCGGUAAAGCCAUUGGGCUGGCUCACACUUUCCAAGUCCUCAGUGCCUUUAUGUUUAUCCAGAUACUUUUGUCUCUGACUUUCCGGCCCCUCUUGCCUCCUUCUUCUGACUCUCACCAGGACGGGCAAGAUAAACUGGCCAGCCGGAGCAUGAAACAGCAGUGCAGGAACCAGAUGCAGAAUUAUUUCAGCAUGAGGGUUUUCAGGAAAAAGACCUACCGGAUAUGGGCUUUUGGAAUCGCCACUGCCGUCCUGGGAUACUUUGUACCUUACGUGCAUCUGAUUAAGUAUGUGGAGGAGGCAUUUAAGGAAGACCAAAAGGAAUGGAUUCUCUUGGUUUGCCUUGGAGCCAUGUCAGGGCUUGGACGCUUGGUUUCUGGCCGGAUUGGUGACUGCAUUCCUGGACUGAAGAAGAUUUACUUGCAGGUUGCCUCCUUUAUGCUUUUGGGCCUCAUGUGCAUGAUGAUCCCACAGUGCCAAAAAUUUGAAGAUGUUAUUGUUGUCUGCCUCUUUCUUGGACUUUGUGAUGGUUUCUUUAUAACUAUCAUGGCUCCCAUAGCCUUUGAGUUGGUUGGACCAAUGCAAGCUUCUCAAGCUAUUGGCUAUCUCCUGGGUCUUAUGGCCAUCCCAAUGACUGCCGGGCCACCAAUAGCAGGAUACCUCCAUGAUUAUUUUGGGACUUACCACCCAUCCUUUUAUUUUGCUGGAAUUCCCCCAAUUAUCGGGGGCCUGGUCUUGUCUGUCGUGCCUCUGGUUCAUCAAAGAAUGCUCAAGAAACAGCAGCCGGAUUCUGGCAAAGACAAAAUGUUGGUUUCAGAGACCGUCAUGAAUGGAGAGCUCCUUCCAGGCUGUCCUACCACCGAGGCACACAUAUAAAGCCUUUUCCCAGUCCCUCACUCCCAGAGACAUGCAUACACAUGUACACACUCUGACACCAGCAUCUUCCCCCUGUCUAAGCACAGGCCCUUUUUUAAAAGGAGCAUAAUCCUGUGCAGUUGCAGAGGUGCUGCAAUAUAUUUGUUAGGGCUGUGCGAAGUUUUGGGUACUGAUUUGAUUUGGAUGAGAUUUGGCCUGAUUCAGUAGCCAAAUCUCCAAAUCUGAAUCAAAUUAAGAGACCAAUACAAAGGUCUGAAUUGAUUUGAAGCCUCCAAAUCAAUUUGGAGGAGAUUCGGUGAUUCAGGCAGUCCCCAUUUGCCUCGCAAGCAGCUGGACCCAGACUCCAUGCUGAUAAGUAGGGGGCUGCAGCGGCUGUCAGGGCUUUUGGGGGCUCAUGGCAGAGCCCCCCCCCGCACAGUGCGGGGCAGUGGGGGGCAGCAGGGAUCGCUGCCCUGCCUGGCAGGAGCCAGUGAGUGCGGGGCUUUUUUUUUAAAACUGCUGGGACGCU